AUGGUGUCUUCCAGCACGCUACUUUCUCUGACUUUGAGUGGCUUGUACCAUUCUUCCUCCGCCAUGCCUCUCGCGAAGAGCGGCCUGUCAACUCCUACCGUCCUACUCGACAACGGCACGUUUGUGGGGGUAACUGAAGGGUCUGUCUCGGCCUUCAGAGGCAUUCCCUUUGCAAAGCCGCCCGUGGGCGAUCUGCGCUUUCGGCUCCCCGUCGCAAACGACCCUUACAGCGGUGAACACGAUGCCUCGACCUUUGGGAACUCCUGUAUACAGCAGAUCUAUAGCGAUGCCAACGCAUCACACCAGAAUCCCACGGCGAUUGAGCUGCUGCAGGGCGAAAUCAACUCCCUCACCGUCAACGGCACGGAUGGCGAAGAUUGCUUGACUGUCAACGUUCAUACUCCCGCGGACGCGACUGCGGAUUCACGCCUUCCCGUCGUGUUCUGGCUGUUCGGUGGGGGAUUCCAGGCCGGCUCAACGGUCUUGAACAACGGAUCCGUCAUCGUUGAGAGGUCCAUUCAACUGGAGGAGCCCGUCAUCUAUGUCUCAGUUAACUUCAGAUUGUCAGCGUUGGGCUUUGCGGCAAGUUCGGAAGUGCGCGAGGCUGGUAUAGGCAAUCUCGGAUUACUCGAUCAGCGCCUGGGAUUGCACUGGGUACAGAAGUACAUUUCUUCCUUUGGUGGUGAUCCCAGCAAAGUCACGAUCUGGGGUCAGAGCUCUGGCGCCUUGUCAGUGGCCAUGCAGAUGGUGGCGUACAACGGGAAUGACGAAGGUCUGUUCCGUGGUGCGUUCAUGGAAUCCGGAGGGCUUGCAGAUACGGGGCCCCUUGAACACGGUCAGCCGUUCUUUGAUAAGUUUGCCACGGACGCAGGAUGUGGGGACUCAUUGGGCUCCGUUGCUGUCUUCGACUGUCUCCGCAACGUGUCCACCACUGCCAUUCGGUCCGCCAUCCAGUCAGCCGAGAAUCUCUUUGGAUACUCCAGCCUCUCGCUUCCGUGGAUGCCUCGUGAAGACGGUGUCUUCUUUACCGCCACUCCACAACAGUUGAUCCUCAACGGAUCGAUAGCGAAUGUGCCGUUUGUGACAGGCAAUUGUGAUGACGAAGGAACGAUAUUCGCUUUGAGCAAUAGCAACAUCACGACCGGUGACGAGCUCCGCGAGUAUAUGAAAGAGUUCUACUUUCCGACGGCGAACGACACCGCCAUUGACCAUAUUCUUUCAUUUUAUCCCGACAACCCUGUGGCUGGAUCACCUUUCGAUACCGGGUCGAACAACGCACUCACUCCGGAGUUCAAGCGCAUAGCUGCUAUACUGGGAGAUUAUCUCUUCCAUGCCCCGCGUCGACUCAUGCUCUCGGAACGCUCAGGCAAAACCGAUACAUUCGCCUACUCGUAUAAGAGGAACAAGACAACCCCAUAUCUUGGUUCUCAACACGGCGACGACCUCCUCAACAUGUACGGGCCGGGCGACUUGACGGACGUGCUCAUCAACUUCGCUACCAACCUGGACCCCAAUGGGAAGACCCUGAUCAACUGGCCGGCGUACACAGUCGAUUCGCCCACGCUCUUUACGCUCAGCGAUGGGAAUAUCACUCAGUCGCUCACCAACGACACGUUCCGCGUCGAGGGUAUACAAGCGCUCCUCGACACAGAGCUUGCCUUUCCUCUCUAG